UCUUCACCACCUGUCGCAAGCUACAAUAGAAAAGUAAUUUAACACAUUAAAACAGGAUUAAAAACACAGCUCAGCAUUUUCCACUAUUCAAACACACAUGAGAUAUUGUACAAAUGAUAUUAGCCUCUACACAACAUGUCAUACAAACAAGUAGGUGUGCUGGAGUGGCUCUGACAACAGGAUUUUGCAUCUGCUCACAAUCAGACAGAAUCUAUUGCUUCAUCAUCAUCAUCAUCAUCAUCACUAACCCUCCGCCAUUAACCAAUGAUUCAUCCACAUUGUUGUUUUAUUUUCUUAUUUGAUUUUGAAUGAUUAAUAUCUGUCUACUUAAUCCAUCCACCUUUUUAAUUUCUAAUUUCAGUUUCCCCCUCUUGUCCCAACUCUUUCUUCUCUUGUUUUUUCUUCUGUUUGUGUUUUUUUUCCUCCUCAAUCUUUGGCCAUGCGUCGUCGUGUCAUUCUCUCCACGCACAUCCCGCCUUCCUCCCUCUCUCACCCACUCCCCCUCUCCUUGCGUGUCUCCAAUCAACCAGGCUGGUCACCGGUUGGUCCUGGUGUUAGGUGACCUGCACAUCCCCCACCGGUGCAACACGCUGCCAGCCAAGUUCAAGAAGCUGUUGGUCCCGGGGAAGAUCCAACACAUCCUCUGCACGGGGAACCUCUGCACCAAGGAGAGCUAUGACUACCUGAAGACGCUGGCUGGAGACGUGCACAUAGUACGAGGAGACUUCGACGAGAACCUGAACUACCCGGAGCAGAAGGUGGUGACAGUGGGCCAGUUUAAGAUCGGCCUGAUCCACGGCCACCAGGUGAUUCCCUGGGGCGACAUGGCGAGCCUGGCGCUGCUGCAGAGACAGCUGGACGUGGACAUCCUCAUCUCCGGCCACACGCACAAGUUCGAGGCGUUUGAGAACGAGAACAAGUUCUACAUCAACCCCGGCUCUGCCACAGGAGCCUACAGCGCACUGGAAAGCAACAUCAUCCCCUCCUUCGUAUUAAUGGACAUCCAGGCCUCCACUGUGGUGACGUACGUGUAUCAGCUGAUCGGCGACGACGUGAAGGUCGAGAGAAUCGAGUACAAGAAAUCUUAAAGACGUGAUGAGGAGAAAAGUUGGGUUAACGUGGCUCAGUUUCGCAUUUCAUUCCUUUUUCUAACGGGGAGACAGGGGCGGCCACGCCUCCGACCCGACCCCCCCCCCCCCUUCCCCCCCACCCCGCAGUCACCACGAUGUUAAUCCAAACUUUACUCUGAAAGAGCUGUGUAUUAUAUUGUUUAUAUGUCAUCAGCAGUUGCUUGAUUCCAAGCUGUCAUCUGGUCGCUGUCGAGAUGCAAUAACGUCCCAUGUACUUGUUAUCAAAAGAAAUAUUUGGUGCCAUUCUCUGUCUUUGAUUGUCUUUUUGUUUUUUUCACCCUCCUGUCCUGUUCAUGUAACCAACAGGACUUUAGCUUCGUGUAGUCGAUCAUCAGUCUGUUGUUCCCCACAAUAAAGAUCUAAUUUCA